CUCGCAUCGACUUCCCGUUCGUACCGUACACACACAUGGCUGCCCAGGCAACGUUCAAGUCUAUUAAGUCUGUUAUCCCUCUUUUCGACCGUGUCCUCGUCCAGCGGUUCAAGCCCGAGACCAAAACCGCGAGCGGCAUCUUCCUCCCCUCGUCCUCCACCAGCAACCCACUCCCCGAGGCGACCGUCAUCGCCGUAGGCCCAGGUGCACCCAACAAGGAUGGUAACGUCCAGCCUGUGAGCGUCAAGGCUGGUGAUCGUGUGCUUCUUCCGGGCUGGGGCGGUAGCCCUAUCAAGGUCGGCGAGGAGGAGUACUACCUUUUCCGUGACUCGGAAAUCCUCGCCAAGAUUCAGGAGUAAGCGUACUUUGAAACGCGUCCUUGGCUUUACCCUUGGGAGGAAUGGACGUGUAAGAUCUGGCCAGUACGGGAUGCGAGAAUGAAGACGAAGCAGGUGCGGGG